AAUAAAUACAAAUUUAGUUCAAAUCACGAUGUUUGUGUUGAUGACAAAGGCAUGGAUAUCUCAGUUGAUUCUAUACUUUUCACUCGUCCAUACUAUAUUAUGUCAAGGUAGGUAAUGAAUUGACUCUUUUUAUACACACUAUUUCUACGAUGUUUUGUUCAUUCUUUUUUAUUCCUUUAGUUUCAAGAUUUGAUUGCAUUUGCUUUGAAAUAUCUCAGUAUUAUUAUAACUAUAAUGCCGAUAAAAAAACACAUGGGUUACUGACCUUGCGUACAAAGAGUUUGACCACAGUUAACGAUAUGUGCAUUAGUGUCAGUAUCGAGAACACAUCUACUUUGGGUUAACUUAGGACAUUCUGCAGUUUGACAUCUGAUUUUGGAACAUGUCAAAUGAAACUAAAAUGAACACCAAUUAAUUGAUACACAAUGAAAAUAUAUAAAAAAAAGUAAAUUCCUCUUUUGAAAAAAGAGUCUGUUUAACAUUUUGUACAAGUCAUGGUUCCCCAACAAAAGGGCGGCAGGAUUAUACCAUUGCGCGGCUCUAAAGGGUAUAGGAGAACACGAUGACAUGAAGCGAUUUUUUUCGGUUUAAAACAUGUUUUUAUUUUAUUUGAAUCAAACUCAACAUCCGCGCCUUGGUACAUGGAAACAUAACAAAGAAAAAUCAACAAUAAACGAUAUUAAACAAAACCUAUCUCUUAUUUACAAAAAAAAAAAAUCGAAAUCUGGUGCCAAUGAUAAAUUUAAAAAAAAGUGUAUAGGUAUCCAUGAAUCAAUGAUAAAUGUUCAACUUUUCAGAAAAAGGUUGCAUAAUUUUUGGUAUAUAUUUAAAAUUUGUUCAGCUUGGUUUACAUGAAAUCUCUUUAUUUUCUUUUAAAGAUGACAUUGCCUGGUGUGAUGAUACUUUGUCAAUGUCGACAAUUGACGUCCAAUUGGGACACUCGGCCACGUCUUCGGUUUGUGUCCGCAAUAAGAAGAAUGUGAGCCACCAUGUCUCUAUCAACAGCAAACGGAUCAUUCCGGGGUCAGUAUCGCAGUACAGAUUGGUCGUGACGAGGGUUGGUGACAAUGACAUCAACACCAUCGAGUUGGCCAACGUUACCAAGGAUACAGUGAAGUAUCUGAAGUUAAAGAUCACGUUUGCAACGGGAUUUGAGCUAAACAGAAGAAUCAACCUUAAUAUUACAGGUGCUUAUGGAUUUGAAAUAUUUACUUUUUUAAAGCUAGGUAAUGAAAAGUUGUCCUGCGAUAAGAUGUUUCUUAAGAAGACAAUAUUUUGCUACGUGAACGGAGGUGGAGACUCGUUAGUCAAGCUAAUUUAGAAUGUUAAACGCAUAGUGUGUGUAAAACAAAUUUUUACUUUUAUUCAAUCAGGUGAAGUAGAUUCCAUAAAAUUAUAUAUGCACAAAAUAAUUUCUUUUGACUGAAUUUUUAAAUACAAGAUUUUUUAAAAUCAUUUCAUAAAUAAUUGAUAAUUAUUGUUUAUAAUAUUAAUAUAUGAACAUUAUUUUAUCUUAUCUAACACUGUAUAACGCUUGCAGGAAAACUUCAAGUGUGUGAUAAUGAGACUUUGGCUCAAAAUGUCUCAGUCGUUAUUGGCAUGAGAUCCACUGUGUUUUUUUGCGUUACAUCGGAGUUCGGCCAGUCAACACACGUAGCUUUGAAUAACAUCUCUUUACCCAUCAACUUUUUCAACCGCCAAACGAAAUACGUUGUAUCCAUGUACAAAAGAAACGUUGGUGGGGACGCUGACUAUUACUUUAACUUGUUCAUACGAAACAUCACUCGCAAAGACAUCGGUACACAUCUUUUAUGUAUCAAGCCUACAUCAUACAGAUAUAUCUACAUCAGAUUCAACCUUUAUUUAAAACAUGGUACGUUAGAAAGCUUUGCAAAAAAACAUGUUUUGAAAUGUAUUGAAGAUAUUCGUUUAUCGUUUGUUUAUUUGGACGAUAUACAACAUAGAACUUGUAGGUAUUUAUCAUUUAUUUUUAGGAUAAAUUUAUUUGAACUUUGAACAGAUUUAACUUUUUAAUGUUUAUUGUUAAUAAAAUGAGGUAGGCUACUCCUUUUUAAACAUAAAUAAUCAUACGAAAAUAUAUUGGGCGAGCAAUCAUAAAGACAAUAGUAAUAUUUUAAAAAAAUGUUUUGGACAAUUUAAACCAGUUAAAAUAAUGAAGGUAUCAAUAUCGAACCUAAACAAUAAAUUGUAUUUUACUUCACAGAUAAUGAUCCAGACUUCUGCAGAGAAGC